GGCGCGCGCGCGCGUGUAUAGUGGCAAAAUGGCGGCGUUCGAAUUUUGAAAUUUUCAUUUUGUCUGUGAAAAUUACUGUAAAGUAACGGUGUUAUUGUGAAUUUGUGAAUAACAAUGGAUUUUAUUGUGCUUUUAGAACAUACCGAGUUCCGGUCGUAUACGGAGGGAGUGAAAAAAUAAGUUGGCACACAUCCAAACAUUAUGACACUUUGGAAUUGAUAAAAAUAGUAUUGGAAGAUGAAUUUCGAAAUACGGCCAGUUAAACUUUAAAGUGUCAGAUGUUUUAAAUUUACUUUUACGAUUCGAUAAUCGAGUGUGCGACGAGUGUUUACGAAGUUAUCGAUAAAUCGUAGUGCUGCAGCUUCAUAAGAUAUGUGUGAAAAAAUAAAUUCCAAUAGUGAUGUGAUAUUUAUCCGGAAACCGGAUAUAUACGAUGACGAACCGUUCGAGUGUUCUGGUGGUGGCGGUGCUGAUGCUCAUAAGAACAAGCGAGGAGAUCAUAGAGUCAAGUGUAAUCCAGGUGUGGUCGGCGCCUGGCGGGGAAACCAGCCUGCCCUGUGACCUGGUGUCGUCCGUCCACGACGUCGCCAUGAUGAUGUGGUUCAAAGAUGGCGACAGGAUGCCUAUAUACACGGUAGACUUCAGGAACGGUCCACCAGUGCAUUGGGCCGUCGCGGGCGAGUUCGGUGCGCGUGCACACUUUGUGCUGAACGAGUCAGAUCCCUCGUCGGCUCAUCUCGCCGUGGAGCAGGUCGCGAGAUAUGACGAGGGGCUGUACCGAUGUCGGAUAGACUAUAUCGACUCCCCGACUAGGAAUUAUAAAGUUAAUUUGACUGUUAUUGUCCCACCCGACGCUCCUCGAAUAUACGACUCUGAGGGGAAGGAAAUAGUGGGCUCCGUAGCCGGGCCUUUUCGGGAAGGCCAAGAACUACUUCUCUCCUGCCAAGCCUCUGGCGGGAAGCCCCCGCCUGACGUUUCGUGGUAUCGGGGCGAGGAUCGCCUGGCCGUGACCAAAGAUGGAUCGGUGUGUCAACUUCAUCUGCCUUCGCUAUCAAGAGAGAUGGCCGGCACGAAGUUACAGUGUAGAGUCCAACCGCCGCUCCUUAGACCGCAGUUCAGAGACGUCACUAUUAAAUUGUACCUGAAACCCCAGUUCGUCCGCGUGUCUGGCGGCGGGGCGACCCGCGCCGGCCACGAGCGGUCGUUCGUCUGCACGACCCGCGGCUCCAAACCGCCCCCCAACAUCGACUGGUUCAUUAAUUCACAACGGAUCGACUCCACACUAACGCAGGUGGAAGUUGAUGGGGAGGUGACUAAGAGUAUUCUGACAUGGCGCGUCAGGAGAGAAGAUAGCGGGAGAUCUCUCGUCUGCAGAGUCUCCAACCCGUGGUUUCCAGCUUACACCCUAGAAGACGUACUGACAUUGGAAGUUCUUUAUGCACCGUUUACUCAGAUAUCUCUGAUAGAACCCAAAGACCCGCACUUGCUGCGAGAGGACGAAGACGCCGAGCUCCUGUGCUCCGCUGAUGCUGCACCACCAUCAUUCAAUUUCACCUUUUACAAAGGAAUAGAGGACCAUUUAGUCCGGGACGACCCUAUAGGAGGUAUAUCGGUGGAAGGCAACAAGCUAGUCCUGAAGAGUUUGAGGCGGUACCACUCGGCGAGGUACCGGUGCCGGGCCUGGAACUCGGAGGGCAGCGGCCUGAGCGAGCCCUUGUCCCUUAAUAUCUUAUCCCGGCCUGAGUGCUCAGCCGGUACGGUGGUGCAGCAGCUCGCUGGCGCGCCGGGCGGGGAGGUGCGCGCGCGCUGCUCGGUCACAGCCCCCUCUACACGAGACGCCGGUCCGCUGCGCUUCUACUGGACUUACAAUGGGACCAAAGAUGUGUUGCCUAUACCAGCGUCCAAUGUGACUGUCAUGGGGUCUACGAGUACCGUGAUUCAUGGUCUGCCGUUCCCUGACGGUGAUGAUGAUGACCUGGGCUGGCUCGCGUGCUGGGCCAGCAACGACAUAGGGAACCAGCGAGAGCCAUGUUUGUUCAGGAUUAUGCCCGCGGCGCUACCUGAACCGCCCAGCAACUGUAUAGUCGAGGACCAAUAUCUACACUGCGAGCCGGGCCACGAUGGAGGUUUACCCCAACGAUUCAUCCUCGAGGCGUUGGAGGUACGCCACCUCGACUCCGUGCGAGAUGAGUCCACCAUGAACGACCAGGGCAUAUCCGGGCGAGGCCUGUCGGAGGCGGUGUACAGAGCGAGUAACGACGCAGUUCCUCAGUUCGCUCUAGACGCGUUAUCUCCGGGCCGAUACACGUUCCUGGUUUACUCGGAGACGCCGCGCGGAAGGUCGCAGCAUCCCGCCGCCUUGCAUAGCGUUCCGAUACGAACUGUGGACGAUAUGGAUAGACCAGGAUCCCUUCAGACGAUGACGCCGACUCCGCCGCUGCCCGCUGCUAAUGACAGCACAACUUUGCUAAUAGGAGCAGCUUUGUCGCUAGUCUUUUUAACAGUUCUAGCUACAUUUUGUAUAGCACUCGUUAUUAUGUGUCGGAAAAGAGGACAUUCACAUACAGAUCCGGAUCAAACGGCAAUAAUGCGUCGUAACGUUGGCGUGUCGAUGUACAGCGGGUCGACAUUGUCUCAGAGCAUCAUGCCGACCGUCGUGGUGAGGGGUCACCGAGGCUCGCGCGUGCUGGCGGCGCGUUGGUCCGGCGUGCUGGAGGACUCGCCGCUCGCCGUACUGGCGUUGGACACUAGGGCUCAUGCUGAGACGGACUGUGGACACAGCGAUUUCGAGCAGCAGGAAACUGAACUCAGUGGGAACCAUGACGAGCUAUUGCUGGAUACGUAAAAGAAUUUUUACUCUUUGCAAUUUAUAAGCCUUUAGC